GGGGCGCGCUUCCGCUUCCGGCGGCGGCGGCGGAGGAGGAAGAGAUGGUGGAGGAGGGAGGCGGCGGCGUCGCCAUGAGUUUCCUCAAGCGGUUCCCGCCGCCGGCCGAGGGCGUUCGCCACCAGCAGCCGGACACGGAGGCGGUGCUGGCGGGGCGAACCUUGGGCGCCGGUACGCUCUACAUCGCCGAGAGUCGCCUGUCUUGGCUGGAAAACUCCGGAGUUGGCUUCUCCUUGGAUUAUCCCACCAUAAGUUUACAUGCCGUCUCCAGGGACCUGAACGCCUACCCAUGGGAGCACUUGUACGUCAUGGUGAAUGCUAAAUUUGAAGAAGAGGAGACAAAAGAGGCUUCCAUGGCUGAAGGGGAGGAGGAGGAAGACAGCGAUGACGACGUUGAACCAAUUGCGGAAUUCAGAUUUGUACCUAGUGACAAAUCAGCUUUGGAAGCCAUGUUUUCAGCGAUGUGUGAAUGCCAGGCUCUGCACCCAGACCCAGAUGAUGAAGAUUCAGACAAUGAUUACGAAGGGGAGGAGUAUGAUGUUGAGGCCCACGAGCUAGAACAAGGUGACAUCCCGACCUUUUACACUUACGAAGAAGGAUUGUCGCAUUUAACUGCAGAAGGUCAGGCCACUCUGGAGAGGUUAGAAGGCAUGUUAGCCCAGUCUGUCAGCAGUCAGUACAACAUGGCUGGAGUGAGAACAGAAGACUCGAUAAGGGAGUUUGAAGAUGGGAUGGAGGUGGACAUAGCACCAGUAGUUGCGGGGCAGUUUGAAGACGCAGAAGUCGAUCACUGAGGAGGAGGUAUGCUGCUAUUCCUCUUGUGGCACUUCCAGAAUAAGCUGUAAAACUGAAGGCAUUGCAGUGACUAUCGGGAGUUAACCUUUCUUUUAAUGACCUAAGCUUAGACAUCUAGGUCUAUAAAUGCUUUUAUAGAUGUUUAAAACAGGGUUUGACAUUUGUGACCACUAUGGGGUUAUUUAAAAAAACAAAACAAAAAACAAUAAAACCUCUUGCAUCUAACACUUGAAUGGGGCUAAUCAGGGGUCAUUUCAAAAGGGCCUUUGUAGGAAUUCUAGGACUUCAGAAAUAAAACUGUAAGUAGAACAGAAAUGUAGAUUGUCCUAGAAUUUUCUGUAUUUUUGUACCUGUUCAUUGCAUCAGUGGAGUAGAAUGGAAAUAGAAAUGUUACAAAGUUCGACUAAAAGGAAACAGGGUUGGCCAAGGGUUAAAAGCAAAGCUAAAUUUAAUGCCCUCAAGUAACUGGCUUUAUCAGUUCAGUGCUAUCCCUCUCAUUUCUCUCAGAGCAGAGUUUGGGUGGUAGGGGAGAUGGAAUACAGUCUGCAAAGUCCUGAAAAAGAGAACUGGUUUGUGUCUUUGUAUUAAAUGUUAACAACAUUGUUAAAUAAACUAAGUUUUUUUGUAUCUCACAA